ACCUCUCUUGUGUAUGUCAGUGAGCUCGUGUGUCCUUUGUGAGUGUUUGGCGGUGACCCUGGGGGCAAGCUGUGUGCCCAGUGGUGGAAGCUGGUGUGCAGGGUGUGUCUGGCUGCGCAUAGCUGGCAGUCUGUGUCAGCAGGUGGCGUGAGAAGUGUGGGAAGGAAGAGCUUUGCGGGGGCGGCCCGCCGCGCUGCGGGCAUUGCGGCGAGACGGGCGCUGACAAGACCCCAGGUCCCUCGAGGAGGCGGCGGCCUCUUUCUGUGCGCGUGUCCCUCUGCCCGGGCGGGCUCCUGCUCAGCGCCUCUUGGCGCGCUAGGGAGGCGGGAGCUGGGAGCAGGCGGCAGCCGCAGGAGGAGAGAGGAGUAGGACACGGGCCUGCGCGGGGGCACGGCGGCAGCCGGCGAAGGAUGGCAGACAACGACCCGCGGAGCGCGCAGGACCUCUCGCAGUUUGCAGAAAACCUACUACAGCAACUGCAGGAGAACUUUCAAGCUUUGACUGAAAAGUUAACUCUGAGAAUGGAAGAAAUGGGUGAACGUAUUGAUGACCUUGAAAAGCACGUCACUGACCUAAUGGCACAGGCCGGGACAGAAAAUACCAAUGAGGAUCUGAUGUGCCAAUGGUUUCUGGUAUCCAUUACCAGACAUGAACAAAAUACCAUGAAUAUGAGACUCUGACAAAAGUGACAAGCCAUUAACUUCAAGAGGUGUACCUUGAAAGGCAAAAUACUUUUAUUAUUAUUAAAGAUAAUAAGCUAACGGCAAGAACAUAACAGCACUACUUUUUAUCCAUUAAUAGGCUACACUAAAAGUUUCUCAUGUACAUUUGUUUCAACUUGUCAUAUUUUUUUACAUAUUUUUCUAAGAAUAGAAUUGUGUUAAAAAAAUAUAUUAUACCGAGAGGUUGACAUUUGCAGAGUUAAAGUCCUUUAAUUCAAAAGGAAUGAUCCAGCUAUUGCAUUUCUGAAAUCAAAUGGUUCCAGACUUCAUGUCUUCUAUUUUUUCAAAUGAAAUUUUGCAAAGUUUUUAAAUAAGAGUUCAAAACAGGUUCAUAAUAAAAAAAAUGUAAAUCAACUUUUAUAUACAAAGGAUAAUUAUGUGUAUGUGGAGAUGGACUAAAAGAGAAAGGGUAAGUGUCACAGAAUGUCAAUAUCUGUAUUUGGUAGAAUAGUCUUUUGGCGACACCACGAGACCUCUACCUUUACGAGCUCCUCUAUAAACGGUUUCUAUAAUGUCGAUCAUCUCUUGCUUGUCUUCCAUCGCCCAGUUAAUCUUGUUGUUGUUACCUGUACCUAAAUCAAUCAUGAUGUGUUUAUUCCU